AUGAAAAUAAUUAUCAAAACCUUAAGUGGAUAAACUUUUGAACUUGAAGUACAACAAACAGAUUCAGUAACUCUGAUUUUCAAAUUAGGUUUUAAAUAUCAAAGAAAAAAUUGAAAAGGUGAAAUAAUUUGAAAUUGCCUAAUAAAAACUUUUAAGAAAAGGAACUCUUUUACUUGAUGAUUAAACUGUUGGUGAUUUGGGAAUUUAAGAAAAAGACUUUCUUGUUGUUAUGGUCAACGUAAAAGUAAUCUAUUUGAAUUUAUUUGUUUAGAGAAGUCCUCCUUAACAACAACCUGUUUAAUAAUAGGUUCAAUAGCCACCUUAGCAACCACAACCAGUUUAACCUUAACAACCUGUUGAAGUUUCAAAACCAUUAAAUAAUCCAACUUCAAACAAUAUGGUUACUGGUUCAGAGUAUGAUUUAGCUAUUCAAAAUUUGAUAUAAAUGGGAUUUGCUAAAACAGAAUGUGAAGCAGCAAUGAAGGCUGCCUUUAAUAAUCAAAAUAGAGCUAUUGAAUAUUUAUUAAAUGUAAUGAAAUAUUAAACAGUUUAAGGGGAUUCCAGUUGUAAAUUAGCCACCUCCAUAAUAAGCUUAAAAUGUAAACUAAGUUGAUUAAAAUACAUUACAAUAAUUGAGAGAAUAAUUUAUUUAAAAUCCAUAAGCAGUUCUUUAGUCACUAUAAUAAUUGUAAUAAACAAAUCCAUAAUUAUAUUAAGUAUACAAAAUAUUUAAGUUUAAAUUAGUAAAUACAAUAAAAUCCAGAGACCGUAAUCUAAUUACUAAUGGGAGCUGGUUAAGAUGGAGGAGAUGAAAUUGAGACAGAAAUAACUUAAGAAGAAGAAUAACAACUCAAUUAAUUGAUGAUGAUGGGAUUUACAAAAGAAGAUGCAUUAGAAGGAUUUUUGGCUUGUGACAAAAAUGUUGAGACAGCAGCUUCUUAUUUAUUUGAAAAAUAAGCAAGAGGGGAUUUAUUAAGUAAAAAUUUAUAAUUUAUUUUAGGUUAACAUUAUGAAAGAGAGGAGAACAAUCCUGAAAAUUAUAAUGAUGAAGGAAAUGAAGGUGAAGAAGAUGAUUAAGAUGAUGAUGAUUAAUAUUAUUGA